AUGAAGAUCGAAACACCGGCUGAUCCACAGUCUUCCUCAUCCUCAUCCUCGAGCUGUAAGAGGAAGGCAGAGGACAGCCUGAUCUCACACUCGUGUCAGAAGAGACUGAAACUACAGCAAAUCCCACAGGAUGUGCUGACGGUGAAGGAUGUGUGUGAUCUGAUCAAGUAUGUCACACUCAGACGCUCUCACAGUGUGAAGAAGCCCAGCUGGUUCAGCGUCAGUGAUGAUGCGCGUGUGUCCCGCGUGAGCGUGAUGAUCCUGGACGGACUGACGCAGAGUCACUUCUACAGAUACUUCAGUCACUUCACACACCUCAGCAGCCGAUACAGCUCACAGCCGAUACAGCUCAGUGAGUCACACACACACACACACACACACACACACCUCAGCAGAUACAGCUCAAGAUGGACUCUGACGCCCUCGUCAUGUGACCCGCUGACCUCUGACCUCCUCAGCAGUGAGGUCGCAGUAGAUGCGCGCGCGCCACUGCCAGCUGCGCUGAUGUGGCAUCCUGUGAUUCGCCGCUUCGGUUCGAGCGUUACGGGGCUGAGCAACUUCCUGUUGACCAAGCAGGAAAUGAUCAAACACAACUUCCCUUCGAAGGGUGGGCGGGGCUGUGAGGGGUUCGUGAGCACCGAGAGCGACGGGUGUGUGACCGACGGGAGUCCUCUGUUCGGCCUGGACUGUGAGAUGUGUCUGACGUGUGUGGGGUUAGAGGUCACGCGUGUGGCGCUGGUGGAUGAAGCUGGACACUGUGUGCUGGAUGAGCUCGUCAAACCACCAAACCCCAUCAUCGACUACUGCACCAGGUUCUCCGGCAUCACUCACCGGGCCCUGGCGCCGGUCUCCACGGUUCUGUCAGAUGUUCAGGAGAAGCUCCUGCAGAUUCUGCCGUGUGACGCCGUGCUGGUCGGACACUCUCUGGAAGCAGACCUGCGCGCCUUACACAUGAUCCAUCCUCACGUCAUCGACACGUCUCUGCUGUACCGGCAAGACUUCGGCCGCAGGUUCAAACUCAAGAUCCUGGCUCAGGUCAUCCUGGACCGGGAGAUCCAGUCGGAGAACCGCAGAGGUCACGACCCCUGUGAGGAUGCUCUGGCCGCUCUUCAUCUGGCUCAACACUUCAUCAGGAAGGGACCCCGAGAGGUGGUUGAGGGUCAUCUGGAUGACCUGUGGGAUGUUCCUGAGGUCGAUGUCUCGGAUCAGCAGGUCUCGUCUGAUCAUCGCUUCAGCUCUCUCCGCUUCGGCCACGCCCUCUACGGCUCCGGCCAAUCAGCAGUGUUCCUGGGCGGAGCUGUGGAGACCAGCGGCUCAGCGGCCAAUCAGUGCAGGAGACAGCAGUGCUCCAGUGACCGAGAGGUGGUGUGUGUGUUCAGACGGCUGGUUCAGUUGUACUCGCUCAGUGUGCUUCGGUUAUCAUCAUUCAGCAACACACUGAAUCAAACGACAGCGGCGGGACGACACGAGCACCUGGAGCAGGUGUGUGAGGGUCUGAGGCAGAUGUGUGUGUUAUAUGUCGGCCCACUGCCCGCCGACAGCACAGAGAGAGACGUACACACACUCCUGAAGCACUGCGGACGCCUGCGGACCAUACGCCUGCUGCAACACACACACGGGGUUGAUGCUGAGGUGGUGUUUGAGCAUCUUGAAGGAGCUCAGCUCGCACUACAACUUCUGAAUGGACACCAGAUCAACGGCUGCACUAUCAAGGUCCGGCGGCCCGUACACGAGCUCUGUCUGGAUCUGGACCAGCGUGUCUCUGAGCGUCAGGACGACCCUCUCAACGGUCACAUGAUCUACGUGUGUAACCUGUCCACUAAACCCCGUCGCCAUGACGACCAGCUCCAGACCUUCACACAGUUCGGCCCCGUUCAGCAGAUCAGCAGCGCCGCGGUGCAUGCUGGGAAACGCCCCAGACACGCCCUCAUCAAGUUCGCGUGUGCUGACAGCGCUCAGGCCUCAGUGGGCGUCGCCCUUCAGAUCCGCAACAGGAAGCUGUCAGUCUGUCACGCUCUGACUCCGCCCCACAUGACCUCAUGGACACACACACACCCCGUUACUACGGAAACCAGCCCAGAGCAGGGGGAGGAGUGUGAGGAGUCAUGUGACCUCCAGGAGGCGGUGCUGGAGCGCCGGAUGAAGAAGCUGGACGGGAGAGUGGGGAAAGUGUAUCGGGCGCUGGAGAGAAACUGCCUGAGCAUCGUCAUCCUGCCUGGAGCCAGGAGUGCGGGAGUGGAUCACCUCGGCCUCUGCUUCCUUCAGAUCAAACAGACGUGACUCCGCCCAGCUCGCCUGUGAUUGGCUGAAGGGAUUUGUGCUUUUAUAUCACACUUUUACUGUUUAAAUACUGCUGAGAAUAAAGAGUUUUACACACUUCUCCUGGA